AUGAGGAAUGGAUUGGUUCCGUAUGGCCCAUUCACGUUCAACGGGACGAAUUUCUUCGAAUGCUCCAGUUCUGUCUAUCUAGGUAGGAAAACCAACGUGAUGAACGAGUUCUCUCCAGAGUUAAACAGAAGGAAACGAACGGCUUGGGUAGCAUUCGAGAGCAACGAGGAUGUAGUGAAGAGGACAAAGAACACCCAGCUUCGUUCCUACCUUUUCGACUCAACGGUACUUUCUACCCUAACGUAUGCGUCAGAAACCUGGUCGCUGCGUAAACAGGAUGAAAAAUCACUCAGCUUUAUUGAACACGCAGUCGAAAGGACGACGCUAGUAUCCCGUUUCUCACAAGUAAAGGAUGGGAUCCGAAGCUCCGACCUGCGUCAACGAUCAAAAAUCAAGGAUGCCGUUCUGUACGCCAAACAGUUGAAGAUAAUGUGGAGCGGGCACGUAUUGCCUAUGAAUGACAACCGAUGGACAACAGCCGUUAGUGACUGGAUUUCUCGGGACCUCGGAAUAUCAAACGUACUGCAGGAAGAACACCAACCCAAUGGUCAGAGCUCUUCACGGAAAGCCUAG